AUGGUCACAAGGGCUAAGAAUGGCAUAGUCCAACCAAGACUUCAUCCUACCCUUCUCUUGACUGAACUUGAGCCCACUUUCUAUAAGAUGGCACUGAAGGAUCCUAAAUGGCUUGAUGCCAUGAAAGCUAAACAUUCAGCCUUACUCAACAAUCACACAUGGACCAUCACUCAACUUCCUCCUAAUAGAAGGGUCAUAGGAUGCAAAUGGGUUUUUAGAAUCAAGCAGAAUCCUGAUGGUUCAAUCCUAAAGUACAAGGCUAGACUUAUAGCUAAAGGGUAUCAUCAAGUGCAGGGCUUUGAUUUUCAAAAAACUCUCUCCAGUUAUGAAACAUGUCAUAGUGAGAGUUAUUCUUACAUUAGCCAUAUCUAG